AUGCUGGGCAGGGUCAUCUUCUGCGUGGUGAUCGCCGCGGCCAUCCUCGCCGUCGUCCUGCUCGCCACCGUCUCCCCUGUCCCUCACCGGUCCGCCGGCCGCGGCAAGUCCUCCCAGGGCCACCGAGCUAUCACGGUGUACAUACAUCCGGCGGCCUCAGCUGGAAGCGCGAGGCGGCAGCGGCGAGGCCCCGCGCAUGAAGACGAACAGGUGGCGAGCGCGAUGGUGUUCCGCCACCAGAUGACGUCGGGGCCCGAGAUCACGUCGAGAAGCGUCGGCGCAGCAUCGGGGUUCGUGCUCCCGGGCGACCGUGGCUCGGCGGUGAUGUCGGUGUUCGACACGGUGCAUCUGGCGUUCGACGCGCCGGGGCUGUUCGGCAGCCUCUGCGUCGAGGCUGCCAGGAGCAAGAAGGCCUCGCCGCGGCGCGCGGGGGACGGUGAGGAGGUGCUCCGUGUGGUGGGCGGCACGGGCUCGUUCGCGUUCGCGCACGGGCACGCCGUCGUGCGCGCCGAGCGGAGGCACCGGCUGGACGGCGGCGGCGCCUCGUCGGCGUUGCGCCUUGAGCUGAGCGUGACGUCCGCGGGGUAA